AUGCUGUUCCUGCCCCAAGCGUCAUCACCUGCCCCAAGCAUCAUCACCUGCCCCAAGCACCAUCACCUGCCAGGGCUAAGGACACCUGGCAGACCCCCCGCAGGCGCUACGGCGCACAGGGGGGCGCGGAGCACGCGGGCGGCAGCCCCCAGCGGCCGCGCGGCGCCGGGGCUCGCGCGCCCGCUCACCUGCCAGCGCGCGCGCCCGGGCACGCGGACACACCCCCGCGCUCGGGCACGCGCGAGCAGCGGCGCGGGGCUCCGGCCGCGCGCGCCGCCAGGUGAGCGCACGCGCCCUCCGCGAUGGCCAGCGCGCGGCAGGCGCCCGCUCCUCCCGCCCGCUUGGGCGGGGCUGAGCGCGCGGCCCGCGCCGCCCCCCUGUUGCCAUAGCGACGGGCCGGGUGCCGCAGCCCUACCUGCGCCUGCGCCGCCGGCCCGGGGCGUCUGUGUGUCCCCCGCUACGGGCGGUAAGUGCCGGCUCAGCCGGGCGCCCCUCGAUUUCUUCGGGCUGUUGGUAAGGGGUAACGAGGGCCGGCAGCCGCUGAGCCGCCGGCAGCCGCUGAGCCGCCGGCAGCCGCUGAGCCGCCUGCAGCCGCUGAGCCGCCUGCAGCGAGGGGUGGGCGGCCCGGGGAGGCCGGCGGCGGGACAGAGGGAACCGCCUCGGCACCGCUGCGGAGGGCUGAGCAGGUGA